CAGAAAAUGUUGUUUAGUCCUUUUAAAGCAGAGCGUCUUUUGUUCAAAUGAAACACUGUGUGUUGAACUUCUACAGUGACACAUUGGAAAGUUCCGUGUUUUGGAUUUGGAUUGAAAUCAGCGCUGUUAUGGACGGAGACUGGCUCAGGAUCUGCGUUUUCAUGCUCACCACAAGUUUCCUUCAAGAAGGAGCAGCUCUGAAUCUGAGAAAUGAGCUGUUGGGGAAGUGUGUGCAAUUGCUGGAUGGAGAAAGCCAAGAAAAGGUGACUUUGGAAGAGUGUAAUCCAGGUUCAGACUUUCAAGAAUGGCAGUGGAACCCUGAGACACGCACCUUGAGGAACUCACACACAGGAAAAUGUUUGACAGCUCUCAAGAUCCAAGAUCAGGGAACUGUUGGCCUCUUAGCAUGCAGAGCUGAAGAUGAUGAGACUCAGGCCUGGAGUUGCUCAAAAAAGGGCCACCUCACAUUGUACGGCAAGGGUUUCCAUUUGAGUGUACGAUCCGACUCGUCUGAUAUCUUUCUUUCCACUGAGCGAGGGAAGAGUUCUAAGUGGAAGACACUGAAUGAGCGAACGAUGUGUGAAGAGCCACCGGAUGAGCCUAAGAAGAUAGAACCAAAAAUCAUAGCAAAAAUUCGCUUGUGGCAGCCUCAAGUAAAUCUAGACCAGGAUGCUUCGAAACCUACUCAGGCUUCACACGUCCCUACUGUAUUUUCACAGUUAAACAGCAGCACUGAUGAGCUAGACUCUGGUGCAUAUGUAAACCCUCUCAGCAUGGAGUACGGACUGGAGUGGAAGGUGACAAUGUUGGUCCUGAGCUCAGUUGCCCUCAUCAUUGGGAUGGUCAUUCUCUUCCUGAGCAUCUAUCAAAAUAGGCGUAAGAAGACCAUUGUGGUUCUUAAGUCAUAUACAUCCACUGGUGAAGCCAGUCAGCCUGGUUCUCCAGUUACUAACGAACGAGCUCCUCUCACCAAACAUCCAAUGAAACCUCCCCGUUCUCCAUCCAUUCAGCGUGGGGAGAUCAUGGUUGAAUGGAAAGACGGCACUGUUACGCCAUUAUUCGACACCUAUCAAACAUCCUAAAGUGCCAGUUCGGAGCCUCACUGCAACAUAAAUGCUGCUGUACUCUUAGUCCUAUUAUAUAUAACCUUAUCUACCACUCUUCACACUAAUGCAUUGCGCUGCUCUUCAGCAUGUAGUGUUUUUCUCUUUUUUAUGCACCUGCUGCAUAAUCUUAUUUGACUGCAGAAUUCAAGAUUGCUGGCCACAGAAUUUGUAACAAUCACAAUGACUGUGGUUAGAAAAAGCUUUGCCCAUCAUACACCUUUUCAAAAUGCUAGAAUCAGUUGAUGUUUAGGUGGAGGUCUGGGCAUGGCCAUGACGUGUAUGUUUAUGUGUGGAAGAGAUUUGAAGUUCACAAUAGAACAGGUUUAUCUACAGCAUAAUUACAGUGUUAAUAGGAAGUGAACAUAUAUACACAAUAUAGCGUUUCCCUAGUGUGCAUGCAAAGUUUAAGAUAUUUUUGAUGCUACAUGUUAUACAGCUUGUCUAGAAAAUUCCUGAAGAUGGCUAGGGAAAAAAACAAACAGUGCAAGUGUGCACAAGGGUACUGUUUUGUGUGGGUGUCUGAGCACACACUGAUGUAUAUUUUAGUAAACAAGAGAAGCAAGUUAGAGUUGCUGCAAUGAGUUUCAUUCCUGCAGGCAUUCAUAUCUACACAAGUCCCUACAUGCCAUAUUACAAGCAAGCUCUUUUGUCUUAAUCAUAAUUUGGAACAGGGUGGUGUAGGCUCUUUAUUCAUGAGCUGGCAGAUAGAUUUUUUGUUUUUACUUUGAGAAGCCUACAAUAUAUUUGCUAAAAACUUCAUUGUUCAUUGUUCAUAAUCAAAACCAAUGUUCAUUGUUUGACCAUGAUGUUAAUGUUAGGCCAUGUCAGCUAUAUUUUUAUGUGUGUAUAUUAAGUUUUUCCAACGUCUUCUUCACUAUGUUAGGCAUGUUCUUGCUUGAGUAAUGUUUAAUCAUCCCUGCUUUCUAUCUUCCAAAAGAAACCAUUCAAUUAAUAAUAUGUUCUUUUAGGGGUUUUUCUAUGCCUGGUUCCU